UUAGUUCUAAACGUGCAAAACCCGGACGCAGCUCCCCCUGGCGUGAUUCUCGCUUGGGUUCAAAUCCCUGUAAGAGUCUACAGACUGGAGAGAAGCAGUAUUGAUUAAUCUAUCUCAUUGCACCAAGCUGUCCUUUCCUCGUUUAAUGGAGGCGCCGCUGGUGGAGCGGAGCUCUGCCAAUCUCCACCUGAUCGGUGAUGAUGGCGACUACCUUCCGGCAACGGGGCUGAAGGCAUGGUGGAGGAUUUUCUGUAUAGAAUCAGUGAAGUUAUGGGGAAUUGGUGGCCCCAUAGCCUUCCAAAUCGUGUGUGAAUCCGCCAUCGAGUCCAUCGCCACCAUGUUCGUCGGACAUAUCGGUGAUACUGAACUCGCCGCCUUCUCUAUUGCACUCUCGGUUAUCACCACAUUCUCUUUUGGCGUCAUGCUUGGGAUGGCAAGUGCUCUAGAGACACUAUGUGGCCAGGCGUUUGGUGCUGGAAAAAUUGAGAUGCUCGGGACUUAUAUGCAGAGAUCAAUGAUAAUUCUGUUCGCCUCUUGUGUCCUCCUUUUGCCGCUUUAUUUUUUUGCUACCCCAAUACUUAAGCUCCUUGGCCAGCAAGAUGAGAUAGCAAAUCUUGUGGGACCAUACUCACUCAUAACUAUUCCUCAAUUGUUUUCAUUAGCCGUGUCUUUUCCAACCCAAAAGUUUCUUCAAGCACAGAGCAAAGUCUCUGUGCUUGUGUGGAUAACAUUUCUUGCUAUGAUCUCACAAAUUUUCCUUUGUUGGCUCUUCAUUUAUAUAUUUCGCUGGGGAACAACGGGUGCUGCUGUUGCAUUUGAUAUAACAAGUUGGGGAGUUGCAAUUGCACAAUAUAUUUAUGUGGUCUGUUGGUGCACGGAUGGCUGGAAGGGAUAUUCUUGGUCUGCAUUUAGUGAGAUAUGGGCCUUUGUGAGGCUAUCCGUUGCAUCUGCUAUCAUGCAAUGCCUGGAGAUCUGGUAUAUGACAAGUAUAGUAAUCCUUACUGGCCAUCUAAGUAAUUCUGUAACUGCAGUUGGUUCCCUUUCUAUUUGCAUGAAUGUGAAUAACUGGGAACUUAUGGUAUUCAUUGGAAUCAAUGCUGCUAUAAGUGUUCGAGUUUCAAAUGAGCUUGGAUCAGGACAUUCCAGAGCAGCUAAAUAUUCAGUCUAUGUCACUGUCGUCCAGUCACUCCUUAUUGGGAUUCUUUGCAUGAUUAUUGUCUUUGCCACGAGAAAUCAUCUAGCUAUAAUAUUUACUGACAGCAAAGCUAUGCAACGAGCCGUUACACACCUUUCAGGUCUUCUUGCAAUUACAAUGCUUCUCAACAGUGUCCAGCCUGUGAUAUCAGGGGUUGCCAUAGGAGGUGGGUGGCAAGCACUGGUAGCCUACAUUAAUUUGGCUUGUUAUUACAUAUUUGGUCUUCCUCUAGGAUACGCUCUUGGUUAUGUGGCUAAUAUGGGAGUGAUGGGCCUUUGGGGUGGCAUGGUAGCUGGAAUGGCUCUCCAGACGCUUCUACUGUUGCUGAUGCUUUAUAGGACAAACUGGAACGAUGAGGUUGAGAAGACGACUGAGCGCAUAUCGAUAUGGGGAGGGCAAGACAUUGUGAACGGGAUAUGAGUGAAAGCGCAGCUGCUUGUUCCAUAAACAGAAUUCCUUAACAAAGAGUAUCUUCUCUAGAGGAACUUGAUCCUCAUUAGCUAAUUUAAUAGGUUCACUAAUUGCAAUAAUCUUUUUCCCUUGUGUUUUUGAGGUUGCUCUUUGGAGAUGUAAGGCAAGAGCGUGGAGUUUCAUGUUUUGUUCAAUAUGUAACGGUGGUACAAAUGCAAUUAAUUACUUCACGAAGAAACAGAGAAUGCAUGAGG